UAACCCUCCUUGGUGUAGGCGCGAAUAAGAAAACUGUUGAUAAUUGGUUGGAUACGACGAGUGCUUUUGAGAAUCUGCUGAAAGGAUUGAAUGAGCGUCGUAAUGGUUCUGACAGUACAUCUAAAGACGUUGAAAAGGAGAAAAAUGAUAAAUUUAAAGCAAAGAAUGCUAAUAUAUUGACGAGCCGUCUCGCUCAAAUGGAUAUCCAAUUUACAUCUUUCGCGCCAACAGGAUUAGGAUAUGUCAAUAAAAAUGACUCGUUCAAAGAAGAUGAUUCCUCUUCAACAAAUUAUGUCACUAGGGAAUCGUCAAAAUCGGCUUCUACAGCGGUUUCCGCAUCCUCCUCUUCAUCAUCUAUUCCAAUUCGAAAAAGGAAAAAACGAAAAUCAAAUACUGCCGAUCAAUCCAGCAAACCCGAAAAAACCAACAAAUUUAAAAGAAUCAAAAAUAAUAAAAGAGAAACGAUGAUGUAA